GAAGUUUCCUCUUUUGAAAAGACCGAGGCCACGAGCGAGAUGCCGGUGACCGUGGGUCCCUAUGGACCAUCCCAGCUAAGCUGCUUUGACCGGGUGAAGAUGGGCUUUGUGAUGGGCUGUGCCAGGGGCAUGGCGGCCAGGGCACUCUUCGGCACCUUUUCCUGUCUCAGGAUCGGAAUGCGGGGUCGGGAGCUGAUGGGUGGCAUCGGGAAAACCAUGAUGCAGAGUGGCAGCACCUUUGGCACAUUCAUGGCUAUCGGAAUGGGCAUCUGAUGCUAAUCGGGGCAAUGGUUGCUCACAUCUACCCUAUCCCAUCAGCCCCAGCCCAUGCACUAUAAUAAAAACACUUUGAG